CAAGAAAAGCACUCUUGCAGAGUUUCCCGAUGAUCUCACACCCUUCAAACACGUAAUUCUCAUGCCCGUUUCAUCAAAAAGCAAUCAUGGAGUGACUGAGAAAGAUGUUCUUACAUGAAACCUUAUCCAAACUGUGAUUCAAAUCCAAUCCCAUUUCUUCUGGCCUUUCCUGUCCCUUUCUUCCAACGGUUACCAUAAUUAAUGCUCCAUCUUUUAAUAAAUUAGAUGCCUGCCCAUUAACAGCACGGCAAAGCUUCAAGAGAACGGCAAACCCAGGUUCCCCUGGCUGGAUCCCGCAGGGAGAUAGGAAAAAGUUUGGAUUUUGAAGAGGAAUUGUUGGGUUUCUUGUAGACCCGGACCCGACCCGGCAUGGAUUUCAGUUCUUUCUUGACGUCCCUGGGGACGUCGUUCGUGAUCUUCGUGAUCCUGAUGCUCGUCUUCACGUGGCUCUCGAGGAAGCCCGGGAACGCCGUCGUUUACUACCCUAACCGGAUGCUGAAAGGAUUGGAUCCGGUCGAAAACGGGUAUGCGACCCGGAACCCGUUUGCCUGGAUCCGGGAGGCCUUCUCUUCCACUGAAGCUGAUAUCAUCAGAAUGUCUGGCGUUGAUACGGCUGUCUACUUUGUCUUCCUCACUACUGCUUUAGGGAUAUUGGUGAUUUCGGGCCUUAUUUUGCUGCCAGUACUUCUCCCGGUAGCUUCGAGUGAUCAUAGUGUGAGGUUAGACAAUACCACCAGUGAAGGGACUUUCAACGACCUCGAUAAGCUUUCUAUGGGGCAUGUUGGAAAAAACAGUCCACGACUAUGGGCUUUUAUGGUAGCCACAUAUUGGGUUUCGUUUGCUGCAUAUUACCUACUAUGGAAAGCAUACAAACAUGUUGCGGGUUUGAGAGAAGAAGCUCUGAUGUCUUCCGAGGUUAGACCCGAACAAUUUGCUGUUCUUGUCCGAGACAUUCCUCCUGUUCUUCAGGAUCAAUCCAGGAAGGAACAGGUCGACUCUUAUUUUACCGCAAUCUACCCAGACACCUUUUACCGAUCCAUACUGGUCACUGACAACGGCAAGGUUAAUAAAAUCUAUGAAGAGUUAAUUGGGUACAAGAAGAAGCUCGAACGUGCAGAAAUGACGAAGAAACCAAAUGGUGAAAGACCCACGAAUAGAACAGGUUUCCUUGGCAUUCUUGGUAAAAAGGUAGAUUCAAUAGAUUUCUAUAGCGAGAAAAUCGAAGAGUUGACAUCAAAAUUAGAAGCUGAACAGAAGGUCACUCUUAAAGAGAGACAGCAAUGUGCUGCCAUCAUCUUUUUCAACAGCAGAGUUACUGCCACAUCAGCAGCGCAGAAUUUGCAUUCCCCGAUGGUUGACACGUGGACUGUGAUGGGUGCUCCCGAACCCCGUCAGGUUCUUUGGACUAAUCUUCACAAAAACUUUUACGAGAGGAUAGUUCGCCAAUAUGUUGUUUAUGUCAUUGUCUUUCUUACAAUAUUCUUUUACAUGAUCCCAAUCGGCUUCGUCUCGGCACUUACAACCCUUAAGAAUUUGGUGAAAUUCCUCCCAUUUUUGAAGCCGAUUGUGGAACAAACAGCGAUCAAGACAGUGCUAGAAGCCUACUUGCCUCAACUUGCUCUCAUUGCAUUCUUGGCUUUGCUUCCCAAGUUCCUCUUGUUCUUGUCCAAGGCUGAAGGGAUUCCUUCGCAGAGCCAUGCCACGAGGGCCGCUUCCGGGAAGUAUUUCUAUUUCAGUGUUCUUAACGUUUUCAUUGGUGUCACGGUGGGGUCCACCCUUUUCGAUACACUGAAAUCUAUCGAGAAAGAUCCGAACAAGCUGGUUCCUUUGCUGGCAGAUAGUCUCCCUGGCAGUGCGACUUUCUUCCUCACCUAUGUGGCUCUCAAGUUCUUUGUAGGGUAUGGGCUUGAGCUGUCUAGACUAGUUCCUUUAGUAAUAUUCCAUUUAAAGAGGAAGUAUCUGUGCAAAACUGAAGCUGAGAUCAAGGAGGCAUGGAGCAGUCCUGGGGAUUUAGGGUACGCGACUAGGUUUCCGGGCGACAUGCUGAUUCUCACAAUAUGUCUCUGCUAUUCGGUCAUUGCUCCCAUUAUCAUUCCAUUUGGGGCUGUCUACUUUGGCUUGGGAUGGCUCCUUCUUCGUAAUCAGGCAUUGAAAGUGUACGUUCCCUCGUUCAAGAGCUACGGACAGAUGUGGCCUCACAUGCACACGCGCGUCUUGGCUGCUUUGGUUCUCUACCAGCUCACGAUGUUCGGUUAUUUCGGCGCGAAGCUGUUUCACUACACCCCGUUUGUCCUCCCACUCCCAAUAUUGUCCUUCAUCUUUGCCUUUGUGUGCAAGAAGAAGUUCUACCGGUUUUUCCAAUGUACCGCCUUGGAAGCUGCUGCCCAUGAACUAAAAGAGGUUCCCAACAUGGAAAUCGUCUUCACGUCCUUCAUCCCGCCUUGCCUUGCCUCCCAGAAGGCAGACGACGAUUGUUAUGAAGAUGCGGCUCUGUCGCACGUUUCAAGAACGAAUGUUUGAUUCGCAUGCGCGAAUUCGAUGAAAAAGAGAGGGAAAAAAGCACUUUGGUAUGCUCGUGAUUUUCAUGGUUUUUAGGACUGAACAGGGACACGAGCCCAGACGCUGGUUCACAAGUUCAAUGGUCGCGUGCUUCAGGAUUUGCACGUGUGAAUUGAAAGACGAAAAAUAACACUUUGGUAUGUUUGUGAUUUUCAUGGUUUGGUUACAUUGGACUCUUGUACUCAAUGUGAAUAUAUAUAGCAAGAGGUUUGUCAAAGUGUAGACUAGAGUUUGUGAGGUAAUGUGUGCUAGAACAAAAAUCACAUGACAAUUGUUAAGAUUGGUGUCAACUUUGGAGAACUCUGCAUAAUACUAUAGAAUACUCUAGAGUAUGGACACAAGAAAAGUGUAGUUUCUUG